AUGGUCUGGAGUCCGGCCAACAAGUUUGGCAUUGCCAUUUGGAACUACAUCCCAAGUGAAGAUGAACUUCGACAGGAGGGCCACCACCGUCUGCAGCUGCUCAUCGGCGAGCCGGUGCACAUCAGCCGCCAGUCGGAGCACUGGUACUACGGCCACAGUCUGGUCGAGGAUCGAAGCGAUGAUGAGGCCUUUGGCAUCUUCCCAAGGGCCUUUACCUCCACGCAAGAGUACCGAAUAACCAGCGUACGCUCGGCCAGAAGCUCUGAGGUGGUGUACAAGUACUCCUUCGAGCAGGAGGUCAUCUUUACGCUGCGCGAGUGGGGCAAGAAGCUGAAGCGGAUGUACAUUAACAACGACGUGCACAACUUCAACAGCGCCAAGGAGCUGAUCACCGAGGUGAUCGCCGCCUUUCAGCGUGUCAAGUCGGGCAAGGUGACCAGCGACGAGGAGAAGAGCGUCAAGAUUGAGAUCUGCGAGAA